CCGGCUAGAAGCAUGGCCAGAAGGUAACACAAUAAGCCCAGACUCUCACAGCCUCUGGCGUCGUUUUUGUUUUGGUUUGGUUUUGGAUUCUGCUCUCUGAUUUUGUUUUCGUCGAUGUCGCACUCCCAGCUGAGAUAAUGCGCAGAAGCCUCGGAAUAGAGGAAAACCUGUAGCUGUAGCUGUAGCUGUAGCUUGGGCUACAUGGGAACCCAGCUCGGAACGGACACACACACGGGCACGGAACGAAUAUCUAUGAGUUACUGCGAUUUGAGGUCUGCCGACUCACGUUCCACACCAGUUUUGGAUGCCUUAAAAAGAGCUACAAUCCGUAAUGAAUCGAUGGAGCUACUGGGGCCGCUGUGGCCGCCGUUGUUGUUGCCGUUGCUGAUGAUGUCAUGUGAGAUACAACUGCACAAUCGAGAUACAAUAUACGAAAGAAUUAUAUAUGUGAGAGCCGCGCGUGGCAGAAAGGGGUGGCGUGGAACUCACACGCCCCACGAAUUGUUGUGGCCCCCGGCGCAAUCGUCAUCCGACCGAAGGUCGUCUGAGUCAGCUGGCAACAGAAGGAAAGGCGGGCGAUUCGUGUCCUGGCCACGGACAAUCCAAUGGCUGAUGUCACGACCCUGCCAGCACCCCAUCCACCUUUCCGGCUCGUUUUCUUCGAGUGUAUCUAAUAGCCAAUUAAACUGAAUGACCCUAAACCUGACCCACUGGCGGGUGAGCAAAUUAGCCCACGACAUUGGCCUAGGCAUUCCGGAGGCAUGGACUUGUAAUUGAAUUGGCCAUGCUGCCGAAGAUGCCGCUCCAGCUCCAGCGGGCUCCAAAUCGAUUGGGUGCACUGCUGGCCAGCGGAGGAUAUAAGUACAGGAGGCGAUUUGAGCCGGCUCACUGUGCACCGGCGGAAGCGAGCGAAAUGAAGCAUCUCCUGACUGCACUCGUGGCCCUGCUGAGCAUCCUGCCGCGGGGCGAGCUCCUGGGAUCAGGACCCCCCUGCCCGCGUCGCUAUCUGCGCAGGAUCAACGGCAAGUGCUACUACUUUUCGGUGAAAAAGAUGAACUGGUUUGGCGCCCUGAACAACUGCCUACGCAAAGGACUGACCCUGGCGGACUUGAGCAACCAAAGGGACUUUGAUGGAGCCAUUGGGUUCCUGAGUGGCCUGGGCAACACGGAGGACUUCUGGUUCGGGGGCAACGAUCUGUACCACGAGGGGCGCUUCCAGUACAUCAGCAACGGUCGGCUGGUGCGCUACUACAGCAACUACAGCAACGUGCUGCCCCUGGAGCACUCCGAGUGCGACGACUGUCUGGAGGUGAGGAUCCGCUCCGAGAUCAACAUGGUGUCGGCGGACAACUGCCACGAGCGACAGUACUUCAUCUGCUCGGAGCGCUACUGCCAGGACACGGAUAGUGGCAAGAAGCCGAAGCACCACAGCCACGAGCACUUGCAUCACUUCCACCACGACAUUGGCGAAAGUGCCGAAGGCGAGGGGGAGGGCGAAGGCGAUGGCGACCACGACCGCCAGGACCCCAUUGCCAGUGGCUCAGUGGAGCACCCGGAGCCGGACUCGGAGGAUGCAGCCGCGGCGCUAGACGUGCCCGAUGACGAUCAGCCUGAUCAGAAUGGCGUCUCGGUGACUCCGGGAGCGGAAGUAACAAAUACCGUUGACGGAACUGGUGAGCCGGGCGCAACUGCUGCCCCUGCCGCAGGAGCUGAAGCAGUUUCUCCAGCAGCAGAUGGAGCCGCACCCGCCGGAGCAGCUCCAGCUGCCGAAGGAGCCGCCACUCCGGCCGCCGACGGAGCCACGCCCGAACCCACACACGCACCAGGAGCAGAAGCCCCCGCCGCCGCAGCAGCCGAGACUCCGGCACCGCCAGCAGCCUGAUCUCCACAACUUGCCCAGCUGAAUCCCACAACUAUUAUCGAUUAAAAAUAAAUGAAAGCAAUAAUAUUACAAA